AUGCAUUUUACGUGUGCUAAAUGUCUCGAGACAUCAACUCAUAAGGAUGAUUUACUCGAGUGUUCUACUUGCAAAAAAGUUCUUCACUUUUAUUGUACUGGCUAUUCUGAGCAAAAUUAUAAAAAAAUGUCUAACAAUACUAAAGCAAGAUUUACCUGUUCUGAAUGCCAGACUACUAAAUCGCCAAAACCACAAACAUCUGGUGUUGAAUUAAGUUUAAUAAGUUCAAUGGAAAAAAAUAUUGAGGAGUUAACUAAAUCCAUUGUCAAUGAGAAAAUUAUCACGGAAAAUAAACGAUUAUCUGAUGAAGUUGCGGUUUUGAAAUAUAAAGUAGAUGAAAUUGAACAGCAUAAUUUAGGAAUUACUGUGGAAAUAUCAGGUAUUCCUAAAACAACCAAUGAAAAUUGUGUUUUGAUUGUUGAAGAAAUUGGGAAAAAAACAAACACGGAGUUGAAGGUACUUGAAGCUAAUAGAAUUAACUUUUUUAACUCUAAGCAAAAUAUUAUACUGGCAAAAUUAGAUACUCUUGAUAUGAGAAAAAAUUUAAUCCGAAAUGUAAAAUCUAUGAAAUUAACAACUGAUAAAAUUUAUAAUAAAUGGCCGGUAGAAAAGGUUUUCGUUAAUGAACGUCUUACCAAAUCAAAGCGAGCUCUUUUUGCUCAAACAAGAUCUGCUGCGAAAGAUAAACAAUAUAAAUUCGUCUGGUUAUCAAAUGCGGAUAUUCUCGUGAGAAAAGAUGAAAAAUCCAAAAUAACUAAAAUUAAAUCAUCUCAAGACAUUCAAAACUUAUAA